CGUGAUGCAGGUGUUUCUCCAACUUACUUCCGGGAUAGUCACGGCUUACGGAAAAACCCGACCCUUCACGAUUUACCCAGCCGAUAAUUUGUCACGUGAUAUGGGAAUUCCCAACAAACCAGGAAAUCAGAAACCGACGUUUUAGCGAAGUUAGAGAGCUACCAAAUAUGGCAACAGAUGAACUAUCAAAAAAGUUAGAAAGGAGAUGCAACAUUAAUGAAGGAGUUGAAGAAGGAAGUCUUUCCCCACAAAGUACUGUGUUCAACCCUUACACAGAAUUCAAGGAGUUUUCGCGUAAACAAAUACAAGAUUUCCAAAAAACUUUUAAAAAGUAUGAUACAAGUGGUGAUAAAUUUAUUGACUUUGAAGAGCUGAAGUACAUGAUGGAGCAGUUGAAGGCUCCACAAACUCACCUGUCACUUAAAGGAAUGAUCAAAGAAGUUGACGAGGAUCACGAUGGAAAAAUCAGCUUUCGGGAGUUUUUGUUGAUAUUCCGUAAAGCUGCUGCAGGCGAGUUGGAGGAGGACAGUGGUCUGUGUGAGUUGUACAGAAAUGUAUCGGAGAUUGACGUAGAUAAAGAGGGAGUAAAGGGGGCUAAAAACUUCUUUACUGCAAAGAUUGAAGCUCAGACAGCGGGCAAGAAGUUUGAGGAGGAGAUCAAAGAGGAACAGGAACAGAGGAAAAAGGAGGCAGCAGAGGCAAAAGUACGGAAAGCAGAGUUCAAGAAUAAGGCCAAUUUCUUUAAGGAACAAGCUGAAGCUCAAAAAUCAUGAAUAAUAUCAGAACUUAUCACUUAUCCUAUGUAUUUCUGACACAUAUAAUUAUGUGAAGGCUAGUUGAAAGCUUUGGGAGCUUUUUGAUCAUAUGGAUUUAAGGCCUUUCUUUUUACGUGCUUGCCUUAGACCUUGAAUGGGAGUAAGAAAUUUUUCUCUCAUUUUUGAAAAUAUAAUAGUUCUUUUUUAAGAAUUACUGUUGGAAGUGGAGAAUUGGUAUUUGUAAGCCAUUUCUAGUUUUGACUCGAAACAAGAACUUGGGUAGGAUGUCAGUGACCUGUCAGUAUCUAGACGGUUUUUAUUUUUUUUUUUGUAAAAAUGAUUUUGGAAAAUCACUUCUUUUUUGCAAGUAAAAAUUGAUAGCAGAAAAAAAGAUAGAAUGUGUAUUACGUUGAAUAUUUAACACAGACAUUUCAUCCAAGUUAAUAAUCUCAGCCUAUUGUUCUUUCUGCAGAAUGAACCGUGUUUUAAUUUGAACACUUGUUAAAUAAUAUAUUCACCAAACUAUAUUCACAGUUACUUUUUUUCACAUGCACAUUAUUCCCACCAUUUUACAUCAUCUUUUUGUUUAUGUACAUAAUUGCUCUAUAAGUAAAUAAAUGACUUCUGUUUCUUAAUUAUUGGUCAAUGGUCAUCUUGAAGUUUUCAACAAAGUUUGGUCUUGAAAAUUCUGAAAAUAUUAUGUCCUAACAAGAAUUGUUUUGCAUAAUUGUCCUUCACAACAAAGCACAGUUACUCUCUAGAAACAAUUUCCCCAAAUCUUAAAUGUCAAUUGCUAUUUUUCAGCAGAAAAUAGCAACAACUUUCUCAACAUGAUAUUUUUGUCAUAAUACUUUAAAAACUGAUUUCGCAAUUUCUUAUUACGAAAGUUUCUCACCAUAAUGAUAUAAAUUUAGGAUUGAGAGAUUUCUUUAGAUCUGUUUUUUUUUUCAGUGUUUUCCUCCAUCUUUAUACAAGUUUUCCAGGUAACAGUGAAAUGACUAAUGAUUGAUUUAAAAAACUAAGAUUUUCAAAGUUAAAGUAUGAUCAAUAAUUAUAUCUGAAUCUCAAUAUAUAUAAACAGGAAAAUAAUCUGCAGCAGAUAUAUCAGCUUUUACUUUCAACUCUUCAUGUAUGUUUUUUAAAACUUUUUUUUCUUAUCUGAUAUUAUUGGUAUCUUGUUACAUCAGGCUGACAUAAUGUAAGCAUUGUAAUUAUUAAUUUUGAAGUGUGCAGAAAAUAUUGUGAAGGUUUUAUAGUUACAGCAGUUGUAAGAUACUGUUUAAAGUACCGAUAGUUGUCUCAGUUAUAGACUUCUAAAGUUUGGAUAAGUUUUUAAGCCUAUUUCUCAUUGUGGUCUGUAGUAUUAAUCAUCUUAGGGAUAUUUCUGUAUAGUAUACAUUUGUAUAUACUGAAGAAAAUCUUGGUUUUUUCCUGGGCAUUAAAUAUAAAGUUAAUUACGUCAUUAUACUAGCGGUGCUAAUGGUGUUACUCUAGUGCACCCUAUUCUAGACAUGGUAUAUCUCUAAGGAAACAUAGGGUUAUCUAUUCCUGUCACAUGAUUGGACAGUCCUACCUUCAAGGUAGGCAAGAAUGAAAUAUUAACACCAUAACUAACAUAUUCUAAAUUUACAUUUAUUUCUUGCAGAAUAAUCUGCUGCAGUGAUUGACUAUAAUAUGUUCUUCUUUUCUUUCGUGCAAACACAUUUUUCAAUUCAGGGUUAAACACUUGUCUUCCACAUGUAUGAUGUUAUGAAGCAUUGGGUGUUAAUUAUUGUGACAUUGAAAUAAAUAAUAGUUAGAAAUAAUAUCAUGAUUUCAAAUUACCGGGUAUGUCAGUUAUAAUGUUAUGAAAAGAUUUUCAUCAAACUUUUCUCAUAUUUGAUGGAUCAUGUGGAAUUGAAGCAUGAAGAUCUUGGUGCAACCUAGACGGAGCACAUCGCUCUGAAGACUAAAAGGUUGUCACAUUAUGUACUUGAUUUACAUGGUAGUAACAAGUUAGAAUUAACUGUACAUUUGUGUGUUUACAGGAUAAGUGUUAAAUAAGUCAGUGUGAGUCAUUAUGUUACUUGUUUCUGAAACUUCCAUAAGGUUAUUAAUAAGGGACAUUUUUUUGACACUUCAUUUUCCACACACAUAUAUGUUUAGAAUAUGUAAGGUGUAUAAUAUAUGUUUACAAAUCGAAUUACAUUGUCAUUCCUAUGAAUUUGUAAUGUUGCCUUAUGGUAGAAUCGACCACAGUAUUCAUACAAUUGUAAAAAACCAUUUAUAAACAGUUACUGUAAAAUGUUACUUUCUCCACAAAAGAAAACAAAACAAAACAUACCUUCUUAAACUUUAUAUGUAUUUGAUAUGUGGUUUUAUAAGUUGAAUAUUGGCUAUAAAAUCAGUAGUUUCUGAAGUUGUGCCUCAUGUAUACUAGAAAUUUCGGACUUUUUCUAUAUGUAAAAGAAGCUCAUAUAUGGUUAAGUAUUUUAUCAAUUAUGCUUUCACAUUACACUUGUUAUAGUUCGGUCACACGUCGACUUUGAUAAUUUUCUCUCAAAAUCAUUGCGUUAAUUUGUAUUAUUUACAGUACUACAGUACACUUUCACUGACACCAAUAUUUUCACCUUUCAAAGUAUUUCUCACCUUAAUAUAUUCAAAUUACUCUGUGCCAUAAGUAUUCAUUAAGUUUGAUUUCAACUUCUUGUUAAAAAAUGUGUUCAGAAUAAUAGCAGCUGUGUUAUUUACAGGAAUUAUAUGAUGUUUUGUUAAGUUUUUACCAUUUAAUCCAUCAAUUGUUAUUUCAAAGUUACAGUAGUCUUAGUGCUAAUGCUAGUCAAUUAUCCAGUCAUUGAAUCUGCUUCAGAGCUGAUAAUAUGAGCCGCGCAAUGAGAAAACACUAUAGGUGUUUUGCGACCAGUAUGGAUCCAGACUGUUCACUUUCAAAGCCUAUUGCAAUCAGAGAAACCAUUAGCGAACAGCACGGAUCCUGACCAGACUGCACUGAUGCGCAGGCUGGUCUGGAUCCAUGCUGGUCGCAAAGCCACUUUGUUGGUUUUCUCAUGGCGCGGCUUAAUUAUGUUGUUGUUUCUUUAUUUUGUUCAGGGCACAGGUGUUAGGGUUCUUUAGCCUCAAUUAGUGUAAGCCUUUAAAUAAUUGACAAAACGCUUGAAAUAAAAAUAUAACAAAUUGAAUGGGGACACUUGUUUGUAAAGCAUGACACAGUUUUUGCAUACAAAAACAUAGAAAGUAAAUGAAUAAAUGUAAGCCAAAAUAUGUGUCAAGAUUUGUUUGGUAUAAGUGCACUUUGAUACAGUACGAUAUAACAUAUUUUUUCAUUUUAUAAACAAAGGUAUAAAGUUAAACACCUGUGGCUUUUUGAUACAUUUUUACUGAAAUGAAUCUGUUACUUUCAUGUCUAAGAUCUGAUUUUAAUUUCUGUUUUGCUUUUUUUUUUCAUUAAAUUUAUUAGUAGUAUAGAAAUUUGUUUUAACAUUUUCUUGCCGUUAUUGUUAAUGUAAUACCAUAUAUAUACAUUUAUGCAAUACUUUUAAUUUGUAAUCCUUUCUCUUCUUUUGUCAUUUUAGAAAUUUUAGUAGGUUUUGUUACUUUUAUAUUUAUCAGUUUAACCAGGGUCAGUGUUAGUUACGUAGUUAUUUUAGCUGUUUGAUUAUAGACAAUGUUGUAAUUGAGUUACUGAAUGGUCUAAAAAUAGCUUCUGUAAACCAUGCAAGGUGCUUGUUUUCAUUUAUAAAUUACAUUGGGUUUGAUAUAUGUUGUUGAUUUUGAUGUUGUUUAAUACUGUAGACAUGUAUCAAUUUGUAAGUUUUGCAGCGGAUGUUUUUAAAUGUUCAUUUGUAUAGAGACAGCUUAUAAUUGAGCCGUGCCAUGGGAAAACCAACAUAGUGGCUUUGUGACCAGCAUGGAUCCUG